AUGUGGAUCAAGACAUACCUACACAAGUUCGACAAUGUGUUCCCGCUGGCCUGUGGCACUGGUUUCUACAAGCAGUGUGUUCCUGACAACUCAUGUGACAUCAUCAUGUCAUCGUUUGCCACUCAGUGGCUCAGUGACAAGAGUCCCGUGAUGACUUCCACGAUUUCCCCAUGGCGGUCAACAUCAGAAGAAGAGCUGCGAGUUCAUCACGAGGCUUCGGCACGUGACUGGCAGAAGUUCCUCCUUCUGAGAGCGGCUGAGCUCAAACAAGGUGGACUUCUAGUUGUAACGCAGCCUUCCAAACGCCUGAAGAAAAGUCCUGCACAGCCUGGAGAAAUAACAGAAUGUACAAAGGACGCUUGGAUUCAUCUCAAUUUAACGUGGAAUGAAUUAUAUUCAGAGGAUAUAAUAAGCAGAGAAGAGUUCCAGUCGUGCAGUGUCCCGUUGGCAUUUCGGACUUUACAAGAACUAAAAGCUCCUUUUGAGAAUGCCGCCACUUCUCCUGUCCGGCAGGCUGGUCUCAACUUGGUAAAAGAACCGGAAGUGCUUGUCCCUCCCUGCUUUGCCAAAACAUUGUGGCGACAGAAGCUACAGCGGGAGGGCAAGAACGACAGCAACAUGUUUGCUCAAAUCCUGGUAAAUUCAUUUCGAGUUGUUUUAGAACCAGCCAUGAGGAACAGCAUGAAGAACACUCGCACUUCUGAAGAACAGUCGGCCAUAGUGGAGCAAUUUUUUGAGCGUUUCCAAAGAAACGUGGCGACACUGAAUCCAGAAACUUUCCACAGUGAACUUUUUGUAGGGAGACUUGUUGCGCAAAAGAUACAAUAAACAACAUAUGAUUGAGACGAAAUACAA